AUGAAAGAAGAAUUAAAAGAUCAUCAAGUACAUAACUUGAAAAAACAAAAAUUAAAUCCCGAGAUAAAAUCUUCAACUGUUUCAUCACAACAACAUAUUCCACCAAUACUUCCAAUGUCUCAUAAUAAUGGAAUGAUCACUAAAAAUACAAAUAAUCAUAAUCAUAAUACUAUAUCUACUUCACAAUCAGCAGUAACGGGCGCAGCAGCCACUGCAGCUGCUGCAAAUCAUAGACCUGUGACUUCAUGUUCGCAUUGCAGACAACAUAAAAUAAAAUGUGAUGCUCAUCAAAAUUUUCCAGCACCUUGUUCUAGAUGUACAAAAUAUGGUUUACAUUGUGAAGUUGAUCCACAAUUUAAACCAAAGAAAGGUUCGCAAUUACAAAUGAUGAGAAGAGAUUUAGAUGAUUUAAAGAUUAAAGUGAAUUAUUUAUUAUCUAAUGAAAAUAUUUUAUUUAAACAUAUUAAUGAAAAUCCAAUUGGACGUGAAAAUUUAUUAAGUAGAACAACAAGUAAUUUUAAUACUCCAAAGGAUUUAGCAACACAAACUGAUUUAUCAAUAAUGUCACCUUAUCAAUCAACGUUAGAUCAAUCACAUACACCUUUACCACAAUCAGUUGCUCCUAAUCAAAAUCAUAAUAAUGAGAACAGUAAUAAUAAUCCAAGUACAAAAAUAUCUGUACAAACAUAUUUGGUAACAGAACCAGCUUUAUUAAAUAAGAAUCAUAUUCACUCAAAUAAUGACCUUAAAAGAACAACAUCAAAUAAUUCAAAUGUGUCAACAGUUAUAAGUAAAAGUAAACAGAAUAAGGAAGAUGAAAUUCCAAAUACUUUACAGUUAGCUUUACAACGUGGUGCUCAAACAGAUGAGAACGUUAUAGCACAAGUUAAAUCGAAUUCUAAUGAUAUCGAACAAAUACCAAGAAAUACAAGUAAUAAUAUUAAUAAUAACAGAACUAAUAGUCUCGAUGGAGGCUUCUCUUUAAUUAAUAAAAAAUCACCUGUUGUAUUAACAACAGAAACUUUAAAUCCAUUACCAUCUCCAUACACCAACAUUGAUGAAUUUGUUCUUGGAGAUGUUCAUUUAUCGAUAGCCGCUGCAACAAGAUUGCAUACAAUAUUUGUUAAAGAUUAUUUACCUUAUUUCCCUAUAAUGUACACAAAUUCUGUGACAGAACUAUAUUCUCAAUCUCAGUUAUUGUUUUGGACUGUCAUGCUUACGGCGUGCCUUUCUGAUCCAGAGCCAUCUUUAUACACUAAGUUAAGUGUUGUAAUUAAACAAUUGGCCAUUGAAACAUGUUGGAUGAGAACACCAAGAUCAACUCAUAUUACACAGGCUCUAUUGAUUCUAUGUAUCUGGCCUCUACCAAAUCAAAAAGUUUUAGAUGAUUGUUCCUAUAGAUUCGUCGGUCUAGCGAAAUCGUUAUCUUAUCAAUUAGGUUUACAUAGAGGCGAAUUCAUUACUGAGUUUACAAGAUCACAAACAUCUAUGCCUAAUGCUGAAAAAUGGAGAACAAGAACUUGGCUAGGUAUCUAUUUUGCUGAAUUGUGUUGGGCAAGUAUCCUAGGUCUCCCACCAACUUCUAAGACAGAUUAUCUGGUCGAAAAGGCAUUAAAAUGUGAUAUUGAAGAAGAUCCAGUAGAGUCCUUUGAAUCUACCACAGCUAACAAAAAAUCAAAAACAAAAAGUAAACCAAAUGAUAAAAGUAAAAAUUCUGCAAAGGAUGGUAUCAAUGCCUUUGCUAAUGAUAUACCCGAACCUUGUGAACUCAAAUUACCAAGUAGGUUUAAAAAAAUGAUUGGUUUAUCAAAUUUCCAACUGAAGCUUUGUAACGUCAUGGGUUCUAGUGUAUCCAGUCCCGAUGGUCUUAUUGGGCCAAAGGAAAGAGCUGGGGUACUUUCUGUUUUAAACAAAGAAUUAGAUUCAUUAGCAAAUGAAUCUGGAUUUGAAGAAAAUAUUGAUGUGCAUAUUUAUUAUCUAUAUGUUAGACUAAUGGUUUAUUGUUUUGCAUUUUUCCCAGAGACACCUAUUGAGGACCAAUCUAAAUAUAUUACAGAUUCUUAUCUUUGCGCUACAAAGAUUGUAACAUUGUUAACAAACCUAUUAGAAGUUCACCAAUUAAUUUCUUUACCAAUUUUCAUAAGACAGAGUGUAACUUUUUCGGCUUUAAUUCUGUUCAAAUUACAAUUAACCCCCUUGUUGCCAAACCAAUAUCUCAACUCCGCAAGACAAUCUAUAGUUACUGUACAUAGACUGUUCAGAAAUCAACUUACCGCAUGGGCAACAGUAGAAAAUGAUAUUUCUAGAACGGCUAGCAUGUUAGAAAAAUUGAACCUCGUACUGAUCACGCAUUCAGAAGUUUUUAUCGAGGAAAGUGGUGUCAUCUCUAGAAUGAGAUCGCAUUUAACAGGUUCAUUAUUUUAUGACCUUGUAUGGUGUGUGCAUGAAGCAAGAAGAAGAGAAAUGGAUCCUAAAUACAACCAAGCUGCCCUUAAGAAUGCAAGAGAGAAAAGAAAAUUAAGAAAUAAGGGGAAGAAUGUCACAAAUAAUUGGGAUAAAAAACUAUAUCCAUUACCACUAUACAAUCAUAUUACAAGGGAUGACUUCAAGACUAUUACACAAACUACACCUGGCGGGACCACUGUCACUACACUUGUUCCAACUAAGACUGCUUUGAAACAUGCAGAAGAAAUGGCUAAAACAAAUGACAAGAAAGGAGGAUCUGCAAUUGAAAUUAAUGGGAUUCCAUUGUUCAUGUUAGAUGAAACUGGUAGUGUUAAGAUUGAUGAUGUCCUUGCACGCGAUGGUAUAGGCCUUGUUUCCUCUCAUACAGCAGCAAAUGGUAUGCAACAUCAGUACUCAGGUUUAAACACUAGCAAACAUGAAAGUCAAUCAAGUACCUCUUUUGGUACACCUAAUUCGGAUUAUGGUACAUACUACCAUGGAUCCAAUAAUAGUAAUGAUUCUAAAAAUAACAAUAAUGGUGUAUUAUCUUAUGGAUCCAACAGAUCAUCAAUCAAAACUGAAUCGUUGUUUAGCAGCAAAAACAAUGACAUUGUUAAUGGUGUGGUAAAUAUCCCAAUAUAUAAUAAAAAUGUUCAAACAGAACAAGAUAAUAGGAUGCAGCAUAAUAAUGGUUCCUUUCCAAACCAAGGAAAUUCGAAUUCAAACAAUUUAAAUGCUUUCUUAAACAAGAAACAACAUUAUUCUAAACACCAAAUUCCAAAUGAUAACAAAAAUUCCCAACCUAAUAAUACUAAUAGUAAUAAUAUUCCUAAAAAUAAGCAUAAUGGUAAAGAAUCCUUCAUUAAUCCGAUUAACGAUUUCUUUCAGCAACAAGGUGCUGGAUGGACUGAAGGUAAUCUAAGUAAUGAUGAUUUUUUUGGUUGGUUUGACAUGAAUAUGGGGCCUGAAUUUUAA